GUUAUAUCAUCAGACUAGGCAUUAUUACGACAACCGGAAGUUUAAUCUUCCGAAUCUGCCCCUGUGAAGAGCCGGAAGAGUGCCUCUUUCUGCCGGAGGGCGGCCCGCGCCAUUAACGACAUCUCCGAAGAGGCCCCGAGGUCUGCAAUUAGGGUUUCUAUUUGCCCUUUUUGUACGAUCUUGGAGAAAGGGAGGGUAUAAUUCCAAUGCGAUACGUCUUUAAUUGAGAAGAGAUCGAAAGAGGGAGCGAGGGAGGGAGGAGGAAACCCUAAGAUGAUGUCCUCCUUGGGGGCGAUCAGCAUCGCGGCCAGCGCGCAGAAGCUCGAUGUGGACAAUCGAAUCUCUCUCCGUUACUACUACCGGAUCGCGGAUAAUCUUAUCAAGCAGGCCAAUAUCUAUCGGGAGGAGAAUAAUAAUAUUGAUUUGUAUGUUAUGCUUUUGCGGUUUUCAAGUUUGAUCUCUGAGACUAUACCAUACCACCGAGACUACCAAGUGUCUCUACAAAGUGAAAGACUUUAUUUUAAAAAGAAGUUAUUAGAUGCCCUGAAUGAGCUGGAGGCACUGAAAGCAGAUGUGCAACAAAGGGUCCAAGAACUGAAUAGGAAGACUGGGACUCAAGUAAAUAGGUGGGGCCAAGCUCAACAAAAUGGUUUUGUUGAUAACUCAUUGGAGUGGCCACCAGUCAGAAAGCAGACACUAAGAACUAAUGAAUCCAGUCAAGUACACAGAAUCAUUGGACGAGAUGGCACCUCUUGGGGUCCAAUCAUUCAGCGUGACAGAUUACCAUUAGCCAAGCUUGGAGAAGAGCAAUUUCGUAAAUUAGCUCUCAACAUUCCACGCCCGAAGGAGGAGACUUUAUCAAGGCACUCCAUUUUGGGUCCAAAUGGGCUACAGGGACAGUGGAAGCCACCCAGUAUUGACAAAGGGAUCCAAUACCCGAGCAAUUUGGACUUGAGUCCUAUUGAGUUCCCAAGCCUGACCCAGCCUCUGGAAGAUAAACCUGUGCCUGUAAAAGACAAUGGCACUUCAGGGAAUGAAGGAUCUCCACUGGAAGUUCUUUUGUUGCAUGAUGAUAGAACAGCACCUAUUGCCGAACCAAGUCCAAUGAUUAACUUAGAUGCUGCAGAAACUCCUAUGAUAGAUAUCACCAGAGAACCUUCUCCUCCACCUGUCCUUGCAGAAGUGCAAGAUGUGGUUGCUGUCACAUCACAAGUUUCUAAUUCCAUAUCUGGACAAACAAUACUUCUGCAGGAUGAACUAGUUCAGACAGGCUCUCCUUUGCAAGUUCACAUAUCAACAACAAUGAUGGAAAGCUUUAUGAGACUUGCAAAGUUAAAUACUGUCAGAAAUUUAGAAACAUGCGGUGUUCUUGCAGGUUCACUUAAAAAUAGAAAAUUCUUUGUGACAGCUCUGAUCAUCCCCAAACAGGAGUCGACAUCUGAUUCAUGUCAGACAACCAAUGAAGAAGAAAUAUUUGACUACCAGGAUAAGCAUUCACUUUUUCCCCUUGGGUGGAUUCAUACACAUCCUACUCAGUCAUGUUUCAUGUCCUCAAUUGAUCUUCACACCCACUAUUCUUAUCAGAUCAUGUUGCCUGAAGCCAUUGCAAUUGUUAUGGCACCAAAAGAUAGUUCAAGGAACCAUGGGAUAUUCCGACUGACCUCUCCUGGGGGCACGUCAGUCAUCAGGCAAUGCCAGCAGCGUGGUUUCCAUCCCCAUAAAGAGCCACCAGAUGGGGGUCCUAUCUAUGACCACUGUUCUGAUGUCUAUAUGAACUCUAAUUUGAAGUUUGAUGUAGUGGAUCUUCGAUGACCAUGAUUUUCUCCGUGACUGGAUUGUUAUGCUGAAUUACAUAUAAAUCAUGUAUAUGAUAAAUUCAUUGAUUGUACAACAAAAUAACAAUAUAUAUGAUAGAACAUUAAUCUGGUUUUCCUGGAUAUAAUAACAGACAGAAGUGUAACUCAAAAGUUCGUGUUUCGUGAAAUCACAUUGUUUUCAAUUCAUAAUUGGUCCAUAAGACUAUUUGCUUC